AUGACAUCGGAACUCUUCGACUGUUUCGCGUGCGGCGCUCUGUGGGUUGCCAGCGAAUGGAUCGUUUCCCUUGUGUUUGCGUUCUGGAGCAAUCGCGCGGAAAGAAUCGAUGCUGAUCUUGUAAACAUGCGACUGCUUGGUUUUGGAACUAAACGGCCAGAUGAGGACGCUGGAGUGCGAGGCGACAGCUCACGAUGCGCUCGCACCGAGUCUGAAAGGUCGCGACAAAAGAUUCGGGAGGGUAUACGGAAUCGAAUUUACUCCAGGACCAUAAUCCUGCCCGUAAUCACGCGGAACUCGUCGAAAGAGACCACGAUUCUUCGAAGCUCCACGGAAGACAUGUCUCAGGUUCCACUGAUCUCGCCCGAAGAAAGCCCAAUGAUGGGACCCUCGACCUGCAACAUGGUGAUACUCGAGGUCGGUCUACCUGGUGACACGUGGAGAUACUGCGUAGAAAGGGAACGUCUGGCCGAGAGGUCGGAGUGGUUCCGCGCGAUGCUCGUGGGCCCCCUAGCACCUGCACCGAGCGAUCCUCCGCCUCUUCUGAAGCUGCAGCACGUGGAAAAGCGCGCCUUUGAUUAUCUGCUCAGAUAUCUUCGCGACGAACCGAUCAAUUUUCAGUCCGUGUCCACGGCUAGAUCAACCCUCGACGCUGCUCAUCAGUAUCUCUGCUCGGAAUUAGCAAGGCUCGCUGUUCAAUAUCUCGAAAGGAACUUAAACUCUAAUACUGUGCUCGAAAUCUACCAAGGCCUCAGUCUCUAUGCCAACCAUGUAACCUCUAGCUAUAGCUGGUCAUCACCCACGGCUCCUCCAGCACCUGGAGACGAUGCUGGAGAGAUAGCCAUAGUCUGCACGCGACUUCUGCACUCCUGCCUGAACGUGAUCGACUCGGAACCGGAAGUUGUGAUCAGCCAGGAACACUUCGAGGACCUGACCUCCGCGGAGGUCGAGGAGCUGUCGUGUCGGGACACCUUGAGGUUGUCGAAGGAAUCGAUACUGUUCCACGCGUUGGACAGGUGGGCUGCGUCCGAGUGCAGAAGAAACGGAGUCGAGCCAUCAGCUAGCAAUAAGAGGUCCGCAUUGUCGGACGAUGUUUGGUACAACGUUAGAUAUCCACUUAUGACUGACAGAGAAUUCAUCGAGGGACCUAUGGCAAGCGGGAUCCUCUCCAGCGAGGAGUCGGCUUACAUCGUGUCUAGAAUUUUGGGACAUGCGGAAAACUACGAGAACGAGGAAUUUCGAAAUUCGAUCACUGGCCCAUUGCCCAGGCUGACCAGCACCCCAAGAACCAGUGUUAGACCGUACGAGGACCAAAGCUGCAGGAUGUCGAAACCAGGGAAGAAAGAGUGCCAGGACAAUCGAAAGAACAGAAGAAAGGAAUGUGCAAAUCAGGGACACAGGACUUGUGCGAGAAUCGGUAAUUGCCUGGUGCGAGUUCUCGCCUGUAUUUUCGAUUAAAUGUCGAAGAGGAGGCUGAAGAGGAAGAGGAAUCGAUGAAACCGGCAGAUUCUUGAAUCUCCCACCGAAAACUACAAUUUAUUUUCUACCAUUCUCCGCGUCUUUGUAACACACCAUUUUUCGCCUUCCGAUUCGUUUAAGUUUUAGUGAAGUUGCAUACUAAUUUAGAUUCUAAGGAUAAAUGUUUUGCGUUGGAUCGAUAUUAACACUCGUCUGCUAAAUGCUGCUAAGAUAUUGUUCAGGGCUUAUCCUAUAGAUCUCCGUUCGUUUUCGUAUUGUCUG